AUGUCGAAGGCCGCACGUAUGGAGCAGGAGAUACAGCUACUGCGCCAGGAGCUGGCCCUGAUGCGUUCGGAUCGCGAUGAGCUCUACCAGAAGCAUGCCAACCAUUUCCAGAUGUGCGACGGCGGCGGCGAAUGCGGCCAAGAAACUAAGAUUGAUAUUAAAAAGCUUGACAAAAAGGGUCAAACAAAUCAGGAGUUGUACAUUGCCUAUCUGGAGGAGCAGAUACAGAGAACGCGCUUAAAGUACAAAAAGCAAAUGGGCGAGGUCAAGUCGAGCGCCACCCAAUUGGAAACGCAACUGCAGAGCGUGCGCCAGGACAUGAGCUGCAUCAGCGCCAAGGCCCAGCUGGUGGACAGGCUGCAGAAAAAUAUAAAGGAACUCAAGUCCAGGCUGAAGCGCCGGGACAUGAUCAUAGCACGCUAUAAUGAGCAACACGCUGAGUUCUUGGGACUAAUUGAAAAUUUAGAGCAGAAGUCAAUGCCAGAACAGAAGGUCCCAAAGCCGUUCAUAAAUCUUCAAAAAUCGAAUGCUUUUGAGGUCGUUGGCUGUGACGGGGAGGAAGAGGAUUCGGAUAUUCGCUCCAGGUGCAAACCUGGAAAGAAACCAAACUUUUCCUGUCUAGGCACAGCACUCAGAAAGAAACUGAACCGCAAUUAA